CUUCAUAUAUUAAACAGUCCAAGGCUUCAUGUCGCCUCCCUACGCUCCCCGCUGACUGGCGCGUCCAACGUUCUCCACAUUAUGCAAGACGGGUUUUGAGAAUCCAUACUUAAAACCCUACCCCCAAAAACAGGGGAAAAAAGAAAACAAAGAAAAGAAGAAAGAAUGUCCCGUGCAAUUCAUUUCAUUGCCAAAAGUGUUCCAGGACAUGGGCCUCCUGAUGGCACUGGUCUCCCUUGCCAAGGAGUUUCUGGAAGAGCUGUUUGCUUAACACCAUACCCUUCUCGUGGUUCCAACAAAAACUCCGCCAAGAUCAAGCAUUUGCGGUGCACCGUCAGGAAUACCUCUCCUGUAUGCAGUGCAAGUUCUGGCGGUCAUAGGAGGAAUCCUGAUUUCUCAAGGCAAAACAAGCAUGGAUUUUCCCGAAACAGGAACAGGCAAAAUGAAGACCGAGAGGGUUUUGACAGCCUUGAAGAAUCUGAGAUGUUUUCUUCCAAGAAUGGGCCUCUACUGACUACCUCUGGCAUCCCCAGAUUCCAGGCCACUGCAACUCCUGGGCCUAGGGAAAAGGAAAUAGUUGAAUUAUUCAGGAAAGUCCAGGCUCAGCUUCGCAAAAGAGCAGCUGUCAAGGAAGAGAGGAAGAUUGAGGAGUCACAGAGAAAGGGCAAAGAGAGUGAGACUGUUGAUUCUCUCCUCAAGCUAUUAAGGAAACACUCAGUUCAACAAGGAAAAAGAAGCAGUGAUAUUGACAGUGGCAGAGACUUCAUUUUGGACCAGCCUGAGCAGAAUAGCUCAUUCUCUCAAGAGAAAAAUACUGUAAUAUAUGACUCAAACCACAGCGUGAAGCACGAGAAGCGAGAAAGUGAAGCUCCAGUUAUGUCUCGACCAAGGUCAAACUUCCAGCGUAGAUCACCUGUUCCUCUAGUGAAAAAUGAGCCUGUAUUUUCUGAUGAAGAUGCUAUGAGUUCUGUCUCACGGGCAAGCACUGUUCAGGAAGGGAAGAAGAAAAGUUUGGAGCCUGAAUUUGGGGUUGGGCCUGACAUUGAAUCUGAUACUGAGGCCACUUUCUCAGAUGGUGACGAAUUCGACGAGAUGUCUGAGGACGAAAUUUCAGGAAUUUAUGACGAUGAUAAUGAGAAUGUACAAGAACCAGAUGCUGAUGAAUACAGCAACUUAAGUGAGAUGAAGCUAAUAGAACUGAGAGCACUGGCAAAAUCUCGUGGUUUGAGGGGAUUCUCGAAGUUGAAGAAACAUGAGCUUAUCGAGUUGCUGAGCGGAGGCUGAAUUUGAUUGCUUUUCGUGCAUGAAGAUUUCCCUUUUACAUGGAUUGAUAUGGAUCCUAGAAUUAUCAUUAUUAUUUUUUGUUUGGGUGGGGAUUCUGAUACACAAAACAUGAUUUUGUUUUUCCAGAGAAUUGGGUGUUAAGCCAGUUAUUUGGCCUUUAUCCUUCUCGGCAAGUGCAUUUUAUUUGUUCGGUCCCCAUAUCUUCCUCUAUUUAUGAAGCAGUCUUUUUCUUGCA